AUGCCUUUGUGCUACUACCCUUGAUUUAAGGAUUUCUUUCAAAGCAUAGACUUGCUUUGUUGCUUUAUCGGUGACUUUUCACACCUUGCUGAAAGAACCUUUUCCAAUUGGAUAGUGGAACUCAAAUUGAUUAGGAUUUAUACAAAUUGUCGGGUCAUAAUCGCUAGUUUUCAAACUGCAGUUUCCCAUUUCGAAGCUUAUCAGAUAUUUAUUAAUGUGGUCCUAAUAACCCGUAUAUAAGUAAUCACCUAAAUGAAUUGCCAUGUGCUCGAUGUCUCCUAGACAAGUGUUAGUUGGUUUCAUCAGCCCUUGAAAUUGCAAAUCUGAAUUGUCUGGUGGAUUUUCCAUUUCAAGGGUUUGAGAAACCAACUACCUGACUUGCCUCAGGAGAUGCCGGCAUAUGGCAAUUCACUUAGGUGGAUGAGUUAUAUAUAUAUGGCUGAAGGCAGAAUUAA